AUGGCCAAAGCUUAUAUUCCGGGCAGCAUAGGACCAAAACGGUCACGCUACUGUGAAGCACGAAAGACAGGGACUCCCACAGGGGUGGCCAAAGUUGUAAGACUUGUUGCAAUGGCUCUAGUCUUUAGAGUGGCGACGCAGCUCGUUGGACUUUCGUUAUCUUUGCUGGGAUGGGUUUUGUCCAUUAUUACAACUUACCUGCCACAUUGGAAAAACCUCAAUUUGGACUUAAACGAGAUGGAGAACUGGACCAUGGGACUCUGGCAGGCCUGUGUCGUCCAAGAGGAGGUGGGGAGACAAUGCAAGGACUUUGAAUCCUUCCUGGCUUUGCCUGCCGAACUCAGGAUCUCCAGGAUCUUAAUGUUCCUGUCCAACGGGCUGGGGCUCCUGGGCCUGCUGGCCUCCGGGUUCGGCCUGGACUGCUUGAGGGUCGGAGAGACGCGGCCAGGCCUCAAGAAGGGACUGCUGAUCCUGGGAGGGACCGUGUUCUGGGCAGCAGGCGUCGCGACCCUGGUUCCGGUCUCCUGGGUCGCCCACGUGACCGUCCAGGAGUUCUGGGAUGAGACCAUGCCAGAGAUUGUGCCCAGGUGGGAGUUUGGGGAAGCCCUCUUUCUGGGCUGGUCUGCUGGGUUUUCCCUCCUCCUGGGAGGCUGCCUGCUGAACUGCGUGGCCUGUACUACCCAGGCCGCUCCGGCUCCGGGCCCCUAUGCGGUGGCAGAAAUGCAAAUUCAGUGUCUGUACCUGGAAAAUGGAACUGCAGACCCGAGAGUGUAA